AUGGUAAAUGACUUGGGGAAGUUAGUGUCUAUUAUGGAAUACAUUGAUGAGACUAUUUUUGAAAGGCGAUAUGGGAGAAUUGCACAACUAAUGAGGUUACCCGUACAAGCAGCAGCAAUCAAAGCCCUACUGAAUUUUUGGGAUCCUAGUUAUCGGAGUUUUACCUUUGGGAACAUUGAUAUGACACCGACUUUGGAGGAAUAUGAAAGGAUUCUAGAUUUUCCAAACGACAGCCACAGGAUCUACCUAAGGCGAAGAUUUGAAGAUACAGCUUCGGAGGUAAUCAAUUUAUUAGGCUUGGGAAAAAUCAGUCAAUGUAGAGUCGCCGAUGGGGGUUUCAAAUGGAAAGUCAUUGAGGCCCGAAUGAAGAAAAAUGCUGAAGAAGGGAAGUUAGGAGAGGAACGAUACAGGUUGGUGGCCUUCGCCAUUUUUGGGCUAGUAUUGUUCCCUUCCGAAAUCGGAGUCAUCAGUUUGGAAGCAGCAAGUGUCUUCAUAGAAUACGAGCGUGACCAGAUCAAUCCUUCAUCAGCUAUUUUGGGAGAAACCAUGUUAUCACUCAAUCACUGCAGAAUGCAUGGAAAAGGAGCCAUGAGAUGUUGCACCCCUAUGUUGUAUUUAUGGAUUAUCAGUCAUAUCGAAACACCAAGGGACAUUUUUAACAACUUUUGGUGGUUUGACCUACGACCGUUAAAGGUUACCAUGGAUGAGACUUGGAAGAAUUGGGAUGAGAAAGCAUGGAUAGAUAAAUAUGCAGCAUUGCCAAGGAGCAACUUCAAAUGGAAAGCACCAUGGAUGAACAAUGCCAUCUGCACAAUGAGCUGUGGAAAUAAGAUAUGGGUUCCUUUGAUUGGUAUAACCGGGUACAUCAGCUACGCGCCCGCCCUAGUAACAAGACAGUUGGGUGGAAUGCAGUACGCGCCAAGAACUCUGGGUUUAGCUGAUUUCAUCGGUUUAUUCAAGCACCAACCCUUCCUCGAAGAAAUGGAGCUUAUCCGACAAGAUUGGGAAAGACCCCUGAUGGUAAAAAGGGAAGAAGGGAGCACAUUUGAAACAUCAUUCAGCCAGAAUUAUGCAGUUUGGAGGAAUGAAGAGCUUGCUGAAGAAAGGGGUUUCUCCAUACCAAAACAUCCAGAAUCCGCAAUAGAGCAACCAAAAAGGAAAAGGACUGAUAUUGAGGAAGAGCUGAGAAAGCAGCUAGAACAAUGUAGAAUUGAUCUUAGCAAGAGCAAAGGGCAGCUGCGACUGUUAGAAAAUCAAUUAGAGGAAGAAAACACGAUGAGGGUUUACUUGAAUCAGCAGUUGGAAAAACAGGAUAAACAAUUGACAUCUUUAAAGGAAUGGCAGAAAAGGGCCAAGGUAGCGGAAGAAAUAGCAAAAGGGGUCCAGGCUGAGCUAAAGAAACGAAUGACCGAAUAUGAUGAGCUGGUUAAGAAGAAUGUGCUCGCAGAAAAAGAGUUGGCAAAGGUUAAAAGAUCAACAAAAGGCAAGAUGAAUGUUGACAAAGAAGUGAUGGAUUCCUUGAAGAAGGGAAAGAGCAUUCUUUCAAAGAAAAUAGAAGUUGAAAAGGAGAAGAAUCGGUUAGCCCAGCUCGACAUAGAAGAGGAAAGAAGGAUUAGAGCUCAAUAUAUGGUGCAGCUUGAGGAAGAGAGAAGUGCAAGAAAGGCCGCCGAGUCUGAUAUGAGAGAUUACCAGAAAAGAGCUGAGUCUUCGAAAGGAAGAAUGAUGACUUUACAAUCUGAGAUCGAGAUACAAGUAGAAGAGUUGAGGGAGUUGAGAAGCCAUUACUUCGAGAUGGAGGAGGAGCUUAGUAAGGCUAAGCAAGAGCGUCAAGAAUGUCAAGGCUACAUGGACAGCUUUAUAGUCCAAAUUAACUCCAAAAUAGCCGAACUGGAUAUCGAAAAGGAAGAACUGCAGAGGGUAAGGGAUAAGUUGGCCCGGUCGGAGGAUAUGGUUCGAGUAUUGGAAAGAAGUAAUGAAGCCCUAGGAGCCAGCAACGAAGUGAUAAUUGCAGAUAACACUGUGUUCCAUGAUAAGAUAAGGCAUAUAACGCAGCAGGUCGAGCAAGUAGCCCGUUAUGCGGAAAGGUUGCAACGACAAGCUACCCAAGUUGGAAAUGAUGCUUCAAAGUAUCGGGAAUACAUGGCAGCCAUCACAUGUUUUAUUGGGGACUUAGCUAAUAGGGGAAACCUUCUAAGAGCUAAGAAUGGGGAGGGAACAUCAGCACAACAGCCUGAAGGAGCGCCAGCAGCUCACAUCCCUCAGGUAUCCCAAAACCAGGGGGCAAACUCGGCCAAUGAACAACAUUUUGUGCCUAUCACCCCUAUCCAGCCAACUCACGCUCCAAUCACUGUGGACUUAACAGUGGAGGGAGUCCCGGAUAAUAGGUCUCCCAGUGUGAUGGACCAAGACAAGCUAUUUGCUCUAGAAGAAAGGUUAAGGGCAGUUGAGGAACAAGGGAUUAAAGCUGGGCGAAUAGCGAUGCCAGUGGAAAAGAAGGGUUUUAUUGGAAGAAAGAGAGAAGGCGAUGUUAACAAUCUGGAAGGUGGGUACAAGGGCAAGAGACCCGAGUUGGCUUGCGAGUACCAUGGGGGUAAUCCCGGGCAUGGGAUUGAAACCUGUUACGCUUUCAAGAAGAGGCUAUUGGAGCUUAUUAAGAUGGGAUGGGUAUCCUUUGAAGACAAGCCCAAUGUUAAUUCAAACCCAUUGCCUAAGCAUGCCCCAAAUAGUAGUGGAGUAGGCAUGAUCGAAGUGGGAAAUCAAUGCAAGGUAUUGAAGGUAUCCAUGAAGAAGUUGUAUGACAUGUUGGUACAAUCAGGAUUUUUAAAGACAAAAGGGGAAAGCCGUUUGGAGGGAUAUGAUUACUGUGAAUACCAUGGAAGAGAUGGACAUCAUAUUGAGGAUUGCAUCGAGUUUUGCGAAAAGAUUGCAAAAAUGCUAAAAAUAGGGGAGUUGAGGAUUGAACCCAUGAAGAGCAGCAGUGAGGUGAGUAUGAUGGAAGGUCGAGAUGAGAUGACAGGAGUAUGUAGGAUCCAACAAACAGCUAAGGGGCCACCAAGGCUAAUCUUGGUCAAACCUUCCUGCACAAAAGGAAACCACAAUGCCAUGCAUUACAAUUACGGCUAUACCUCCAACGUUCAAACUCCACUUCCCUUGUUCCAAACCGAGAUUAGUGGUUUGACUCGGAGUGGUCGUUGCUUUACGCCCGAGGAGUUGAGAAAGGCAAAGGGCAAAGAAGUGGUAGAUCUUGACAAAACACUAGAAGUUAAUAAGCCAGUAACAGAAGAGGAGUCGAAUGAAUUCCUGAAGUUGAUCAAGCAUAGUGAAUAUUGCAUAGUAGAUCAACUAAAGAAGACUCCAGCUAGGAUCUCCCUUAUGUCCUUGAUACUCAGCUCUGAGCCGCAUCGAAACGCCUUGCAAAAGGUAUUGAAUGAGGCAUAUGUACCCCAAGACAUCGAACAUAAAACCAUGGAGCAUCUAGUGGGGAGGAUCCAUGCAACGAAUUACCUGUACUUCACAGCUGACGAGCUCGAUGCUGAAGGUACCGGACAUAACAAGCCUUUAUACAUUACGGUUAGGUGCAAGGACUGCCUCAUAGGAAAAGUACUCAUUGAUAAUGGCUCGGCCCUUAACGUGUUGCCAAAGCACAUGCUGGAAGAAAUGCCGAUCGAUGAAUCCCAUAUUAAACCAAGUACUAUGAUGGCCAGAGCGUAUGAUGGCUCGCCUAGGCCAAUAAUUGGGACUUUAGAAGUGGAGCUAUAUGUGGGACCACAAAUGUUCUUAGUAACACUUCAGGUUAUGGAUAUCCACCCUUCCUAUAUUAUGUUGUUAGGAAGACCUUGGAUUCAUGCAGCGGGGGCAGUAGCUUCGUCAUUGCACCAAUGCCUGAAGUAUAUCAUGAAUGGGAUGUUGGUAACUGUCAAGGCCGAGGAGACAGUGUCCAUGACAAAGAAUGUAGCUGUGCCUUUUAUCGAAGCGGGCGAUUGCAAGGGUAACAAUAUCCAUGCCUUUGAGAUUGUGAACACCGACUGGGUGCCAGAGAACACAGUGCUAAGAAGGCCCAGGAUCUCAGAAGCAGCAAGGAUGGCAAGUCUAUGCUUCUUGAACCGCGAGAUCCCAUUUCAGUAUAACCUUAUUAUCGGGAUACCAGAAGGGGUUAAUCUGGUAAAGGUGAAAAGUGCUGCUCAAAGAUUUGGGCUAGGGUACCAACCUAACCAAGAGGAUUAUCGGUGGGCUGCUGGUCGGAGAAGGGCCGAAAGCCCUGAUCAAGAACUGUCAAACAUGAGCAUAAAUACCUUGGGGGAAAACAAGAUGGAAGGAGAUGAAAUGAAGACAGUAGCAAGAAAGGGAGAUGAAGCACUCCCACAACUGACGAUCUACACCAUAGAAGAAGUAUCCACCAAGACCUUUGUGCGCAAGCUAGUAGAACAACAGGAACAGACUUGGAAGCCUAUCGCCGAGGAACUCGAAACCAUCAAUGUGGGUAGUGAUCAGCUCAAGAAAGAGUUGAAAAUAGGUACCUUAAUUACUUCUGAACAAAGGAUAAAAAUGAUCACCCUAUUACAAGAAUAUUCAGAUGUCUUUGCUUGGUCCUAUGAAGAUAUGCCGGGUUUGGAUACAAAUAUUGUAGUACACAAAAUACCGUUGGAAGAAGGUUGUAAGCCAGUCAAGCAGAAGCUGAGGAGGGCCCACCCGGAUGUCUGGAUCAAGGUCAAGGCAGAACUGGAGAAGCAAUGGGAUGCUGGCUUCCUAGAAGUAGUUAGAUAUCCACAAUGGGUAUCUAACGUUGUUGUGGUGCCUAAGAAGGAGGGGAAGAUUAGAGUUUGUGUGGAUUUUCGGAAUUUGAAUAGAGCUAGCCCUAAGGAUGAUUUUCCCCUACCACACAUAGAUGUUUUAGUAGAUAACGCUGCCCGGAGUUCCACUUAUUCCUUUAUGGAUGGUUUUUCAGGAUACAACCAGAUAAAAAUGGCUCCGGAGGAUAAGGCGAAAACAACUUUUGUCACACCUUGGGGGACGUUCUGCUACAAGGUCAUGCCAUUUGGAUUGAAGAAUGCAGGAGCAACCUAUCAAAGAGCAAUGGUGACUUUGUUCCACGACAUGAUGCACAAGGAAAUUGAGGUGUAUGUAGACGACAUGAUUGCCAAGUCUAAAAGGGGAGAGGAUCAUGUUGAAGUUUUGAGGAAGUUGUUUGAGAGGUUGAGGAAGUAUGAACUAAGGCUUAAUCCUGCAAAAUGUUCGUUCGGAGUUAAAUCGGGCAAGCUGUUAGGAUUUGUGGUAAGUGAUAGAGGUAUAGAGGUGGAUCCAGAUAAAGUAAGGGCCAUCCAAGCUAUGUCAUCCCCUAAGACGGAGAAAGAAGUAAGAGGAUUCUUGGGAAGGUUAAACUACAUUGCUCGGUUCAUAGCUCAGUUAACAACGACGUGUGAACCUAUAUUCCGACUACUAAGGAAAAAGAAUCCUGGAACCUGGAAUGAGGAGUGUGAGGAGGCAUUCAAUAAAAUCAAACAUUAUUUACAAAAUCCACCUUUACUGGUUCCUCCGGUAUCGGGAAAACCCCUAGUAUUGUAUCUAACAGUGACUGAAGCAGCCAUGGGAUGUGUAUUGGGUCAGCAUGACGAAACCGGAAGGAAAGAAAGAGCUAUUUAUUACUUAAGUAAGAAAUUCACUGAAUGGGAGUCUAGAUACACGGAAAUAGAAAGGCUUUGUUGUGCGUUGGUGUGGGCGGCAAAGAGGUUGCGACAUUAUAUGUUAUACUAUACCACUUGGUUGAUUUCAAAGGUGGAUCCUCUGAGGUACAUUUGUAACAAGCCCUUUCUCUCAAGUCGAAUUGCAAGGUGGCAAGUUUUAUUAGCAGAAUAUGACAUAGUAUAUAUGACAAGGAAAGCCGUAAAAGGAAGUGCAAUCGCGGACCAUCUGGCCGAUAAUGCUGUUGAAGAUUACGAACCUUUGGAUUUUGACUUCCCCGAUGAAGAUAUAUUGUCAAUAGAGAAAGAAGAAGAAAAGACAGAUUGGUGGACGAUGUUUUUUGACGGUGCAGUGAAUGUACAUGGUAACGGGGCCGGUGCGGUAAUAAUCUCUCCUGAUAAGAAACAAUAUCCAGUUUCGGUUAAACUACAUUUCGAGUGCACCAACAAUACAGCUGAGUAUGAAGCUUGUAUCCUCGGUUUAGAAGCGGCAUUAGAGUUGAAGAUAAAGAAGUUAGAUGUAUACGGAGAUUCAAUGUUGAUUAUCUGUCAGGUUAAGGGGGAAUGGCAAACCAAGGAGGAAAAGUUGAGGCCGUACCAGGAAUACCUGGCCACGCUAGCAAAGGAAUUUGAAGAAAUUAGAUUCACCCAUCUGGGAAGAGAGGGGAACCAUUUUGUAGAUGCUUUGGCCACGCUAGCUGCUAUGACUACCAUUGAUCUCAAGUGCAAGGUACAACCGGUACACAUUGACAUUAGAAAUGACCCAGCUCACUGUUGCUUAGUUGAAGGAGAGAUAGACGGACAUCCUUGGUAUUAUGAUAUCAAGAACUUUGUGCAAAAUCACGAAUAUCCGGUGGGAGCUUCCAAAACGGAUAAGAAAACUUUGAGAAGGUUGGCUAUAGACUUCUAUUUAGAUGGAGAGAUUUUGUACAAAAGAUCAUUUGAUGGGACCCUACUAAGGUGUUUGAAUGAGGCAGAUGCUAGAAAGGCAUUACGGGAGGUCCACGAGGGGAUUUGCUCAACCCAUGCUAGCGGGCAUAUGAUAGCGAGGAAAAUCCAAAGGGCUGGUUAUUUUUGGAUGACACUAGAGAAAGACUGCAUUGAUUAUGUCAGGAAAUGUCAUAAAUGUCAAGUUUACAGUGACAAGGUCAAUAUGCCACCAGCUCCUCUAUUUAAUCUAAUAUCCCCUUGGCCAUUUACAAUGUGGGGAAUUGACGUGAUCGGGCCUGUUAACCCAAAAGCUAGCAAUGGUCAUAGAUUCAUCCUCGUAGCUAUUGACUACUUCACAAAAUGGGUAGAAGCUAGUUCAUAUGCCCACGUAACACAGAACGUAGUGAAGAGGUUUAUAGAAAAGGACUUGAUUUGUCGAUAUGGUCCUCCUGAAAGGAUAGUGACAGAUAAUGCACAGAAUUUCAAUGGCAAAAUGAUAGCGGAGCUGUGUACUAAAUGGAAAAUCAAGCAUUCGAAGUCUUCACCAUACCGACCAAAGAUGAAUGGCGCAGUAGAAGCCGCCAACAAGAACAUCAAGAAGAUUAUUCAGAAAAUGGUAGUCACAUAUAGAGAUUGGCAUGAGAUGUUGUCAUUCGCACUUCACGCAUACCGCACUACAGUCAGGACCUCGACAGGGACUACCCCAUAUUCUUUGGUAUACGGUAUGGAGGCAGUAAUGCCGUUGGAAGUGGAAAUCCCAUCGUUAAGAGUAUUAAUGGAUUCCGAACUAGAAGAGGCUGAGUGGGCCAAAGUGAGAUAUGAGCAACUGAACUUGAUCAGCGAAAAGAGGAUAGCUGCAAUAUGUCAUCACCAACUUUACCAGAAACGAAUGGCCAAGGCAUAUGAUAAGAAGGUUAGACCGCGGUUGUUUCAAGAAGGGGAUCUAGUAUUGAAGAAAAUAUUGUCGUUACCUGGAGACGAUCAAAGCAAAUGGGCACUGAAUUACGAGGGUCCUUACAUAGUAAAGAAGGCAUUCUCAGGAGGAGCGCUGAAGUUGGCUAGAAUGGAUGGAGAAGACCUAGCUCGACCUGUGAAUUCUGACUCUGUAAAAAGAUAUUAUGCUUGA